AUGAGCUUGAUCAAUCGAAGAACAUAUUUUCUUCUCUUGUGUCUACUUGUUUUUGUCAAUUUUGCUGGAUUCUUAUGGGAACAACAGCGGAAUAGACGACAUGAGACUAAUGUGUUUGGGAAUUCUGUGCGAGAAGUGAAACUGGUAAAAAGGUCUGUUUCGCUAGAGGGAUCUGACCCAGCUCUUGCAGAAACCAACUCGAUUGCUUUCCAGAUGUCGGGGGAAGGGGACACUAUUGAGCAGACAGAGGUAAUUAGGUUUCUCCUCGAUAGGUUGCCUUUGCAGUUCAGUGUAAUUGCAGCAGACGCGUCUCGGGAAAUCGAUGCUCGUUGUGUGUUUCGCGAUGCUGACGUUGCUGUCCAGAUAUGCGAUGAUAUUUAUAGUCAUCCAGAUGUCUGCGCAUACGUAAGAGAAAAUUGCCGAGACUAUUCUUCCGGACUGAUCAAUUAUCUCGAAAUUUACUUUUGCGGCAUGAAGAAAAUCAGGCUUUUCGCUCUUGCAAUGCUUUUUCUUUGGCUACUUUUCCUCUUUGGAUUCGUAGGUGUAGCUGCCUCGGACUUUUUCUGUCCCAAUUUAAACACUAUUGCUUCGAGUUUGAAUCUAUCCGAAAGUUUGGCUGGUGUGACGUUUUUGGCUUUUGGAAAUGGAUCACCCGACGUAUUUAGCACGUUUAGUGCAAUGUCGAACAAUUCAGGCUCUUUAGCUAUUGGAGAAUUAAUAGGCGCUGCCGCCUUUAUAUCAUCUGUGGUUGCAGGUGUUGUUGUUAUUGGAAGUUGGCGAGUAAGUCAAAAUAAAAGACAUCGAUGGCUAGAACAAAGGGCUCGAGAUGAGUACGCUCCCCCGUCGGAGGACAGUAUAAUUGAAGAUAGUGGAGUGCUGAAUGAUGAUGAUGACUACGACCAAGAUUCUUAUGGAUAUAACUCGUUCGGCGAGACGGAUUUUCUGUUACAAGGCCAUGAGCGAGAUGAAGAAGCCGGUCAUGCUACAACUCCCAUCUCUAUGACUGCGCUGAACAGAAAUUAUAACAAUUAUUUUUCGCCAUCGUCUUUCAUUACAAUGAGCGACAUUGUAGAUCAAGCAGGGAGCUUCCAUCACCACCAUGGCGCAAAACAAAGAUCAUUACAUCACGGAAUGAGACCUUCACUCUUUGGAGCCAUUGAGUUCCGCGAUCUUGUGAAAUCACUCAAGUUGAAUAGCAGUGCAAGAGCGCUCGGCGUAUUUGGCCGUAGUUAUUCAUCAGAAUUUAAUCACCCUGGAAUACAAAGGCCCAGAGUAGAGCGCAGUAAUACAACGCCGCUUCGUAGCUUAUAUGAAAAUCCUCGGGCUGGUCUUGAUACCAUAUAUGAUGCGUUUGGUCUUUCAACGCCCGGUAAUAGUAACACUGUUCGACGUGAUAAUAUCCUAGGACUGUCUGGGGUACCUAGUCUAUCGUCCGGUUUGUCUCCUUACAUUGACAUUGAUCAAAGUUCGAGGUCAGCAGAAACAAAUUUGCAGCCAGAUGACACACAAUCGGAUUCAUCGAAUGCAUUACAAGUACCACGUUUAAAUGUCGUUCCCCCGACCCCAUCAAGGAGCCCAUUGCUAUCACCAUUGGCGUUUUCCUAUUCGCCAUCUUCAAUGGCAGCUGACUCUGAAUUUCCGGGUGAUGGUUUACCACAAUCCAAUUCCUACCUUCAAUCGCCACCAUCGCCUGUCACACCGCUUCCUUCGCCAGUGCUAUCAGCUGACGUAUCUGCAGAUGUGGAGAACCCAGUUAUUCAAAAGUUUUACCUGAAUUCAAUAUGGGAGAAAUUUCAGCCAACUUUAUUCCCUUCCCUCACUGGAUUCAGAUCAAAAUCAUACUUUGCCAAGUUCAUUGCAUUGAUUGCAUGCCCAGCCAAUUUACUUCUUGUUCUUACACUACCAGUUGUCGAAGCUGAUAAGCUAUCCAGCGAUGAUGAAAAACGAGUGGACGAUUCUCCAACUAUUUUUAAUUCACAUUUGGACCCACCGCGAAUUACACUCGAUGAUGAAGACAUUGAUAUGGAUUUGUCGAAGGGCGCAGAUGGAGAAAACGGGUGGAGUAGAUGGUUGACCACUUUUCAACUUGUAUCUGCUCCUGUAUUUGUUGUUAGCGUUCUUGUUGUGACUAAUGGUUUCGACUGCAAGGCCAUCCUUUAUGCUUUUGCUGUCGGCUUCAUUCUUUCGCUACUUUAUCUGAGGACCACAGACUGUGAUCGCCCACCAUCUUAUUAUACGUUAUUCUGUUUUCUCGGUUUUGCAGUUGCAAUUGUAUGGAUAUUUAUUGUGGCCAAUGAAGUUGUUGGGGUGCUUCAGGCUAUAGGAUUAAUAAUGGGCCUGAGUGAUGCUAUACUGGGACUGACUAUCUUUGCUAUGGGCAACAGCCUCGGAGACUUUGUGGCUAACAUCACAAUAGCACGUAUGGGAUUCCCAAUGAUGGCCAUGAGUGCAUGCUUUGGGGGACCGAUGCUUAACAUCCUCCUCGGGGUUGGCAUAAGUGGUACGUAUAUGACAUUGAAGACGCAAGAGUCUUACAAAAUCAGCGUCUCUCCCACAUUAUUCGUUUCAUCCAUUGGGCUCUUGAUAUCGCUUGCAUCAUCGUUGAUCUACUUACCUCGUACGGACUACUGGAUGACGAGAAAAUGGGGAUACUCUCUGAUCGGAUUGUAUAUUACAUGUAUGAUUAUUAAUGUUGUGCUUGAAUUGAUUGGUAUCGGGGAUAUUCAAUAA